GAUGCACGGUGCCAAACCAAGUCGUUUUCCCAUGGAGCAGAACCACAUUCUCACUCGCCCUGCCACUGACGUGAUCUCUGACGUCAGUUCUUAUCAGCGUCUUGUUGGGCGUCUUCUGUACCUCACUGUUACCCGUCCUGACAUUGCGUAUGCCGUUAAUGUACCCAGUCAAUAUGUUCAUGCCCCUAGUCCCGACCACAUGACUGCUGCCCUACGCGUCCUGCGCUACUUAAAGACAGCUCCUGGUCAAGGUUUAUUUUUUUCCUUCUUCUGGUUCUUUGGAAUUAACAGCCUUUUGUGAUUCGGAUUGGGCAGGUUGUCAAGCAACAUGACGGUCUACCACGGGCUACUAUAUCCAGUUGGGCUCCGCCCCAGUAUCUUGGCGCACGAAGAAGCAACGUGUCGUUGCCUGUUCCUCCGCCGAAGUUGAAUAUCGUGCCAUGGCCAGCACUGUCAUUGAAAUCAUAUGGCUGAGGCACUUAUUGAUGGAGUUGGGGGUUCCUCAGCUUUCAGCGACUCCUCUUCUCUGCGACAGCCAGGCUGCUCUCCACAUUGCUGCGAAUCCAGUCUUCCAUGAGCGCACUAAGCAUGUGGAAAUGGAUUGUUAUUUUGUUCGUGAGUGUGUCAUCUCUGGUGAGGUUGCACCUCAUAAUAUUGCUACUGUUGACCAGCCUGCCGAUAUCUUCACCAAGGCUUUAGGCACAGAUCAGUUCCAUUUCCUCUUGUCCAAGCUUGGCAUUCGUGAUCUUCAUGCUUCAGCUUGAGGGGGAGUAUUGAGAUUAUUGGGAUUACUGUGAUUAAUUGCCCAUAUUUAGUUAAUUACAGUAUUGUUUUGUAAUUAACCACAUGAGCUGGAGCUGCCCUAGAAUAUUGUCGAAGGGUAUAUAUAUUUGUGCUCUAGCCGAUGGUUGUGUCAUCGUGCACGGUGCAGCCAUAUUUGCUGCAGCUUAGUGAAACUUCAGCUGGAGCUUGCUCCCGUGGAUUAGUCCUGCUCACAUCGAGCAGGGAUACCACGUAAAUCGUGUGUUCGUUUCUUUCCGCGUUUUACUUAUUUACAUGGUAUCAGAGCCUUCUGUGACCGAGAGUUCUUGUGUUCGAUUCCCAGUGACCCCCAUUUGUUAAGCACAUGGUAUUCUUGUCUUCAAACCUGUGCAAACUUCAAGCCCUUAUGAGUGGCUUUCGUUUGAGGGGGCGUGUUAGUGUUGUGGUAUAUGAUCCACGAUUGAACCUCUCCCAACACUGACUGAUCAGAUUACAUUUGUAAUCAUUCAGUUUGGCAGGUUUGACAAUUCGUCUGGUGGACCUUCUUAACUGAGGUUGUUCAACAGGAAUAGGAUCAAUGAGAGGGUGAGAAAAAACUGGAACAUCAAUAGCAGGGAUUGAUGAAGGUGGAGAAGGUAAAGAAAGUGAUGGAGGAAUGAUAUGUGCUUUAGUGAAGUCUAGUUCUGCAGAAACUGUUGGGAAAACUGGAAGAGGAACUGAAGGGGUCAAAUUUUGAUUGACCUGUUGAAAAGGAAAGAUUGUUUCAUGAAAAGAAACAUCACGUGAUAUAAAAAUGUUGUGAGUGGUUAGAUUGUAUAAUCUGAACCCUUUUCUUCCAAGUGGAUGACCUAGGAAAACACAAGAGUUUGAUAUGUGAUUCAGUUUAGAUCUGGUGGCUUGAAUAGUUGCAGCAUAUGUAAGGCAACCAAAAACUUUCAAAUGGUUCGGAGUAGGAGGAGAACCAUGUAGUUUUUCAAAAGGGGUAAGGUUUUGUAAAAGGGGAGUGGAAGUUCUGUUGAUGAGAUGAACAACAUGCAUUGCUGCAAAAUUCCAGAACUGAGAUGGAAUUGAAGCUUGAAAAAGUAAAGCUCUAGUUACUGCCAAGAUAUGCUGGUGUUUCCUUCCAACGAUACCAUUCUGUUGAGAAGUGUAAACACAUGUAGUUUGGUGAAUAGUUCCUUUGGAAUUGUAAAAAUAUGGGAUUUGGAACUCAAGGCCAUUGUCAGUCCUGAUGGCUUUUAUUUUACUGUGAAAUUGAUUCUCAACAAAUGCAAAAAAUGAAAUGAUAAUGGGACAAGCCUCAUAUUUAGAUUUCAUAGUGAAAAUCCAAUAGUCAUCCACUAUAGUCAGAAAGUAUGAGUGACCCGUGACCCUGAAUAGAAGUGACAAGGGCAUUUCCCCAAAUGUCUACAUGUAUAACAUCAAAGGGACAUUCUGUUUUACUGAUACUAGAAGGAAAAGGAAGCCUUUUCUAUUUUGCCUUGGGACAAACAGUACAAUGGAAACCAGAAAGUGCAGUAAUGGAAUUGUCUAAACAAUGAAAAUUUCUGAUUUUGCUUGCUGGAAUAUGGCCAAGCCUGUAGUGCCAUAUGUCAAUAGAUUGCUGUGUUGUUGAAAAAGCCACUGUGGAGGGGAUUGCUGGAGUUGUGUUAAGAAUGAGAUUAUGUUGAAGCUGUGCAGUUUGAGAUGAGUAUGUACAGACCAUUAACUAGACUAGCUGUUCCAAUCAUUGUCAAAUUGGGGUAGGGCUGGAUAAAACACAGGGAAUAAUGGAACCAUAAGCAGAUUGUAGUAAUUCUAACAAGUCUGCUAACAUAUACCAAAUUAAAGGUAAAAGAAGGAACAAGCAGAACAUCAAGUAAAACCAGAUGAUCCGAGUACUUAACAUUUCCUAUAGCUGUAACAGGUACUUUGCUACCAUUAGGCAUAUGAAUAUAAGUGUUCUGAACUGGUUUUGAAUGUAAAAAAUGAUCAGGAGAACA